UCAGCAGUGGAGGAGGACUUCCACGCUUCUCUCGGGUCUCCUUCAGAAAGCUUUUUAAACAUGUCGUCCUCUCCAUGCAGCCUCGCAGACAUUCAACGUGGAAUAGAUGAAGUGAGGCGGUUUCUGUCUGUGAGCCUGAGCAUCGCCAACGCUCACACGGUGGAGUUUUACACUCACGACGCGUGGGACCGCUUCGUGGCCGUGCCGCCUCAGGAGGUCCUGUCAGCUGUGGGCUCCUGUGGUGACCAGCAGGGGGCGCCAGAGCACAGAGUAAAUGAAUCAGAGCAAACCAGGACUACAUUUGGGUUUUGCAAUGAUACAAACCGACUCGUUGAUACCCGUGAACUGGUGCAGGCGGCCAGGGCCCACUCUCUACCCGGCCUUGGAGUCUGCAUGAGCAGGGAUGAGCUGCUGCAGGCCCUCAGAGAGAACAGGUCCAAGUCUGGUGCUCCAGUAGCAGCUAUAGAUGCUGAGCUGGUGACAGACGAGUUUAUGAACUCUAAGAAAUCUCAUGAGGUCCAGUCAAUGUCUGAGGUGGUGGCCUGUCUGGCCCAGCGCUGUGGAGUCAAACAGGUGAUAGAUGUAGGCUCGGGUAAGGGCUACCUGAGCUCCUUCCUGUCUCUGCAGUACGGCCUCCGGGUCUACGGCAUCGACUCCUCCAGCACCAACACCCACGGAGCCCAGGAGAGGAACCGGAAGCUAAAAAAGUUCUCCAGGGCGUACCAGAAACACAACAAGGCAUCGAGGGCACAGGGAGGGGCCACUCUUUCACCUCGGGAGGAGUUAGUGGACGUAAAGCCUGGACUAGAUGGAGACGAUGAUGCUGUAUGUGGAGGAAUUGUGUCACGGGAGGAGGUGUUAAUCUGCGUAUCAGAUGACAACCCUGCAGUUGAAAGGCAAUCAGGGUCAAACCCAGAAACAGAGGAGCUCUUCCUCAGCGCCCUAUCAGUGGAUGUGAUACAGCCUUCAUCACCUAGAGUUCCCGCCAGCCAACUGAGUGCCGAGGAGAGGGAGAGGAGGAAGAGGGAGAACCUGGAGAGGAAAGCUCAGAACAGAACGGCCAGCGCCAGCGUCAUGUUCUCACCCCUAACUUCUUAUGUUACUGCUGAAACGGAGCUCCGAGAGCUCAUCAACGAACUGGAGGAUGCGGUCAUGGUCGGCCUGCACACGUGUGGCGACUUGGCUCCCAGCACCCUGAGGAUGUUUGUGGCGAAACCGGAGCUGGCCGCAGUCUGUAGCGUGGGCUGCUGUUAUCACCUGCUGUCUGAGGAGUUUGACCCCGCCGGACAGGAAGGUUUGCGCGGGGUGUGCGGUUUCCCUCUGAGUCAGUUCCUCCGGGACGGGUCCUGGUUCUGCGGCAGAAACGCCAGGAUGUCGGCUUGUUUGGCACUUGAGAGAGUUUCACACGGCAAAGGGAUUCAGAUGGAGUCUCUGUUUUUCCGAGCCGUCCUCCACGUUAUUCUGAGGGAUCACUAUAGUUCCUUUAAAAGUGAAAAGCGAGUUGGGAAUGUGUACUCCAAGGCUAAAUCCUUCGUGGACUACGUACGUCGAGCUCUACGCAGACUGGAACUGGAUGAGUUAAAGCAGCUUUCUGACGGUGACAUCCAGGACUACCACGACACAUACAGACCACGAAUGGAUGAAAUGCAUGCUUUUAAUAUGUUAAAGGUGACCCUGGCUCCCUGUAUUGAAGGUCUUAUUCUCCUUGAUCGCCUCUGCUACCUGAAAGAACAGGAGGAUUUAUCAUUCUCUGCAUUGGUGCAACUCUUUGAUCCCCUGCUGUCUCCGAGAUGUUACGCUGUCGUCGGACUGAAGAGUUAGGAAGACAGAUUGUCAUGUUGAUUAACACACAUGUGCACAUGAUUACAACACACUGCCUGAGAGGUCAUGAUUAUACGUGAUUGUACCAGCAAUCAUAUUUGAGUGAUUGUGUUUUGUAAUGUUUUCACUCCUGUUUGUUUGAUUAUAUGAAUGAUUUAAUCUGCAUGUUGUAGUUUAUUUAUGCAGUCUCUGUAUCACUUUCAGCAACAUCUUGUUUUAUUUUAUGUACUCAAUUGUUUUUUAGGAAAAAUAAAUCUAAAAAAUAGUUUUUUUAGCGUUUUUAGUCCCUGACUGUUUGCGUCCUCAUGAAAACACAUGCUCAAAACACCUGGAAAAUCUGUCAGUCCUGUUUGAUUGAAUUGUGUCCAUCUCAGCCUUUUGUCUUUAUUGUUUCGUGACUCUUGAGAAAACACUUGUUUUUAAGGACCGUUCAGGGAGCCAGGGGCAUUGUGGGAUUUAAGGUAAGGCUUGGAUCCCGUCUGUUAACAGGUCUGGAAAGCCCAUUUCCAUGCGUCCAAACCAGAGGAAGUAGGGGAAACGAUAGACAGGGCAAGAGGCGCCCUUGAC